AGUUAUAUUUCAGUUGCAUGUAACAAAAGAGUAGUUAAUCAAUUGGAAAGCCUAUUACUAAACUAAAAUGAAGGAACAGUUAGUUGAAGUUACCGACUGUUGGACAAGUCCCAAGGCUGUGCUAAAAUGUGUAGGUCCAAAACUGGUUCCAUUUUUCAAGACAGCAACUAUCUACUUUGUUUUGGCCAUCCCCUAUGAAAAUCCUUCCUGGUUUUCCUGCCUUAUCAAGUGCCUUCCUAUUUUGUCACUCUGCGUUUUUGUUCUAUUGCAUGGAAUGAGCCUAGCAGAAAAACAUGCUUAUUCCAGAAAGAUUCUGGCUGGAUUAAUUUUCUCUUGUAUUGGAGAUGCUCUAAUAACCUGGCCUUGCUAUUUCAUCUGGGGUAUGGUUUCUUUUACUUUCGCUCAUUUUUUGUACAUCUGGGGAUUCGGUAUGAAGCCUCUCAACCCAUUAGCAGGUUUGGCUUCUACCGGUGUGGCCUUGAUUGCCUACUAUGCCCUCUUUCCUGGACUUUAUGGAGCUUUCGUGUGGUUGGUGCCAUUGUACGUGAUGAUACUGACAAUCAUGGUUUGGAGAGCUGUGGCCAGAGUUCAGUUCUUCGAAGAUUUGUGGACUUGGACCAAGCUUUGUUCCUGUGCAGGAGGAAUCCUUUUUGCUCUCUCUGAUUUCUUUGUUGGAAUUAAGAUGUUCAGUCUUUCAGCAACUCAGCCUCUCCAACAGACAAAUAUUAUGGUAGCAUACUAUGCUGCACAGCUUGGUAUUGCUCUAUCUGUAGUUGACAGUACAACGGUUGCUACAUUGAGUGCAACAUACAGCAUCUCUUCGACUGCUAACUCUUGUACACCUAUUAAGAGCAACAAACCAAUUAUUCCUGUCAGUUAUCAGAAAGUUACGGAAAAACUUAAGAAUGUAAAGCUUGCUAACAAUUCACCAGAAUUAAUUCUUUCGAAAGUUGACUGAGUUAAGUUUUCUAUUGUUACUUAAUGUUGUAAAAAAGGGCUUUAUAAGUAAUAUUCAGGUUUCAUAACAUUUUUUUACAAUGUACACACACAUACAUAUGUACAUUUAUAGUUUCUAAAGAACCAACUCUCAUGAUAUGGUAAAAAUAUUGUAAUUUCUACUUCAUAGUCAGUUAACUUCAAGAUAUUACAGUCAAAAUAACUGUAGCUCAAGAUACUUUCAGCACAUUAAUGAUAACUCAGGAUUGUGUGACAAGUUUUAAGCUAUUAAAAGAUUUACGUUUUCAAAAAUUACCGGAAGAGAAUUAAAUAUAUAACCAUAUGUGGAGUAAUAUAAAACAUGGUGAUACUCCCCUCCCCCAGUGGCUCAAGCGUAUGUCUGAGUACUUAUAACACUAAAAAUUGUUUCAAUACAAAUGGUUGGCAGAUCACAGAUAGCUCAAUGUGUAAAUUUAUGCUUAUAAGAACAAGUAAAAUUAUCAUACUCCUUCAGAUUAAUUUUUACUUAAGAUAGAAAGGAAUAUAUAUUCGUAUACAUUGCCAGGAGAGUAAUUGUAAGAAUAUCAAUGUGUGCCAAAAGCAGUUGUGUAAGUAUCAUAAAUAAAUUAAUGAAACUAUACGAUAAGACAACAGAGAAGUUUCAAUAUAAAAAUAUUAAUUUAAAUGCAGUUGUUGUACACACUAUUAGGACAAGUACAUAGAUUUUAAUCACUUGUAGGUGGUAUAAACAAAACAGAGAAAUUCAUACUUUAAUAAUAACCUGUUUUUGAAUCAUACUAAAAAGUUAAAUAAAUUCUGUAUUUUCCUCAACUCUCAGUGUUCAAACAAAACAACAAGAAACACUAUACAAAAUAAGGAAGGUAUAUCCACACUACAAUCACACCUAAUUAUACAAAUGUUUGAUAAUGAAAAUGCACCUGCCAAAUAUACAUGUACCAGGUUUUCUU